CCCAGAACAAUUGGUGUCGCACCGCCUGUACACCCCGCUUGGAGUAGCCACUGAUAGACCGCAUCGCCUGGCCUGACGGUGGUCUGAGGGACUGCUCCGCUUUCCUGCAAGAAAAUACCGCCUCAAACGUCGGCGGGAGCUCGGCUGAUUGUCUAUCCUUGCCCGGAUCCCGGGGCAGGAGCAUGUGUAUAUUAUCUGCGGGGGCCCGGAUGGCAAGUAUAUGUCCUCAUCGCCCUCAUCGCCCUCAUCGUAAUAUCAUCUCGUUCGACCUCAGCUUUACGUCCUCCAUAUAAUAUCACUAUCAUCAAAAUGGCUUCCCCCGGUCUCUUUCUUCUCUCUCAGCCUCUCCCACCCAACACUUUGUCUCUCGGUCAACUACUUCCGAAUCCCCUUUCACCGUCAUCCGGUCCCUUCUUCAGUGCCUCUACCCUAGGAGCACAGGACCUUAGAGAACCCUAUAUCCAAGCACGGUACAAAGACCUCGUUGCUUUCGAUGAUGAAGGCCGCCUAGCUGCCAGUCUCUCGGGGCGGAAGGUCGACCCAUCAAGGAAAGACCUCAUCCUCCUACUCGCGGAUGAAAUGGAAUACCGCAGUCUUCAGCCCAAUUCCGCCUUCGACAACAUCUGCCAGGACCCCGCUGCCCUGGCCUGGAUGCGUUCGAUGGCUGCCCAAAACCAGACUUUAUACUUCGUUGUUGGCCUUCAACAACUCAAAAACGCGACGUUCAAGAGCGCCGUUAUUCAAGAAGGACCUCUCGGCGUCUCAGUGACCGAGGGACCCACACCCUCCAAGCCAAGCCUCCCUGUCCAUAUCCGCCGAGACUCAUCCAUGGAUAUCACCGACUCUUCCUCCACCGGCGUCUAUGGCUUCGAAGUCCGGAAAGUUCAGUGCCGUCUCGGGCGGACCGAUGAGCCUCAUCUUCUAGAGGACCUCGAUCUCUCCUGGAACUACCACAGGGCUGGCGACGAUGGCUUGCAGCUGUCAAUUGGCAUGAGCAAAGCGUUGCAAGCCGAGGAACUUCGGCUGUUGGCUGCCGCAAUGGAGGAUGCGUCGGAUGCUAGCUAUAACUCCUCAGACUCAGAGUAGCAUUGGGUUUGGGCAUGAAGAUGUUUGGGGUGAGAAGGGCUUUCGGCUUUCAUUGUAAAUAACAAAUUUAGGAAAUGGGCGUUCAUGUUGUGGCGUUUUUCCGUUUCAGUCUAUUUUUUCUUGUCUAUAUAUAUAUCCACAUAAGCAUACCUUACAGAAUGAGACAAUUGUACAGUAUUAGUCCUUGACCCUGGAGAUAGUGGUGAUUCCCGUCAUACACGCACGAGGUCCCUAUUCUACACCCCACAAUCUGU